AUGCCCGCUUCUUCCAUCUCACUCAACCACAGGUUUUCCACGACAACAAAAGCCAUCCUGGGUAGUCUCAUCCUACACGACUCAUUUCAGGCUUCACACCACAAUCAACAAAUCGCCCUGCCAAAGUUCACAGAGAAGGGACACAACCAAGCUGUCUCAAGGCAGACGGACAGACAGCAAUUAGGCUCGUGUGGCAUUCACACAAGUUGGUUCAACAUGUGUCUAUUUGUGGAGACACACUACUCCAAUUGCCAGCAUACGUGCUUCGAGCUCUACCUCUUUUGCCGCGAGAUCUUUCGCCAACUGAACCGUAUCAACGACCCGGAACAGCUCCGAGACCACGCUUUGCCAUUCGACCCUGAUUGCCCUACCUGCCAACCAUACACAAUCACCAUGAGACCAGCCACCUAUCAUCCAGAUGUGGAUUACUUGAGUGUACUUUCGGAGAGCAAUAUUGUGCACCAGAUGAUGGAUUUGGUGGAGAGCUGUCCUGAUUGUACUACAAAAGCAGGAUGA